UUUACGCUCAUUAAAACGAUAAAUAGAAGCAUGGUAAAUUUUUCUUAUCGCAAAGCUCGUUUGCUUCAGUUCGCGUUAUGCCUCGACCCAUGCAGUUUCUAAAACUUACCCUUCAACUUACGUUUUUCACUCUCGUUGUCAUUUUGAUCUCAGAAAAUAAAAAAGUUUCACUAGUGGACUUGAAAAAUGCUGAAUUUUGGCAGCCAGUCUACGGAUCUAUGCACGCAUUUUUUGUUUACUCAGCCUUCAGAGAAACGAGAAGCUUGCUUAUAGGAAAAGUUGAGUCUCCGGUAAUCCGAGUAAUUGGGCUUGCCAAGCUGAAUCGGGGAAAUCUAUCAGAAGAGCCCUUUAUUGAUGACUCGGUGUACUGUCAACUGUCGAGCGAAGAGGAGCCUACUAGGGCGACCCUUUUAAAGGCGCACGUGCUGCCUAUGCAAGAGCACUGGUCCCUAGCGUACUCGGCCUGUUUCAUUUACUGCCCAAUUCCAUCUCACGCGGAAAACGCAAGCAUCGUGUCGAUUUACGCUGCGUCUGCUGUGGAAAAAUUUCUAGAAACGGGUGAUGAAAGGGACCUGCCGGAAGCCGGUAAUCGCCUAUUGAUUAACCACCCGCUGGAAAGAGAUGGCAGCCCGUCAAGUUUGGCAGUUUGCGCCAAACCUUUAUACAACAAUUACAGUAAUGCUUGGGAAUUAGUUGAGUGGAUUGAAGUGAACAAGCUUCUCGGCUUUUCGCACUUUUAUUUCUACGAAUACGAGGUGUCCAGGAAGGUUAGCUGCGUUUUGAACGAGUACGUGCACCGAGGGGAAGCAACCGUGAUGGACUGGAAAAACGGCGUGCCUGUGGUUUCUCAAGUUGACGUACGAACAGUGAACAUGUUCGCGGCUCUGAACGACUGCCUGUACAGAGGUAUGGCCGAGCACAAGUACUUGGCCGUUUUUGAUGUCGACGAGAUUUUAGUACCAAAGAAAUCUGCUAGUUUGGCUAGGUUGAUCGAGAAAAUGAGCUCACGGGACAAAAACGUGGCGUCUUUUGUCUUCAGGAACGCGUUCUUUUACACGCGCUGGCACAACGACCCGCUUUACAAGGGCCUCGAUCUUAAGACGCUGAAGAGAACCAGACGAAAGAGGAAAAUUCUGCCCAGCGACAUGAGGGCAAAGUACGUAUUUCGACCAGAGUUGGUUCUCGAGAUCGGUAAUCACGCUGUGUGGAGCAUCGUCGACGGAGCAGUCAGCAGCCUGGUCGUCCCAGUAAAAAAGGGACUCUUGCACCACUACAGGCGCUGCGAGUUUGGCAGCGAUAAUUGUCUCUUUUCCAAUUCGGUCAGAGACAGAACGAUGUGGAAGCAACAACGUAUAAUUGAGGAGCGAAUCAUCGCGGCGCAAAACGAGUUGAUGGAAAAGUGCGGAAUAGACGCUUUUCGCUACGUCGAUGGAAGCGAAAAAGAUAAUGACACGUUUCCUUUCCCAGAUAUAGACGACUUUUACUAGCACCUUUUUUCGGAAUUAUAAUUUGCCUCAGUACAAAAUUUGAUCUAAACCAAAAUUAUAUGCACUCAAUUUGCUUUGAAUUAUUGAACUGUACAAAACAAUAAAACAUUUCAGCUGAAUAAAUAAAAAUGGAUACUUUGAAUUAGUUUCUCGCUAUUUGCUGGUUUGCACCUUUCCAGCAUGCGUGAUUUGGCAUCACGGAACGAAUGUUUAGCGUUUCAAAAAUUCCUCGGUGCGGAUGCAAGUGG